AUGAUUGAAUUUAAGAAAUGUAAUAAUGAACAAAAAACUGAAGAUAAAGUACCACCUUGGUGGGCUGGUGGAGCAGCUCAGGCUUUAUCCGCCAUACCAAUGCAUCCGUUUGACAUAAUAAAAGUACAAUUUCAAGUAUCCGAAAAAUUAUCAUUUAUAGAAGCAAUACAUAAUAUUACAAGAGAAAAAGGAAUUAGAGGGUUUACUUAUGGAUUAUCUGCGUCUAUAACACGUCAACUGUUAUAUGCUACAGCGCGAUUUGGAAUAUAUGAAGGUUUUAAGACGGAGUACAAACGAAGAGACAAAAAAGUUGAGUUCCAUGAUCGUGUAUGGAUGUCUUGUAUAGCGGGAGCAUUGGGUGGUUUUAUUGCAAACCCUCCCGAUAUAGUAAAUGUUCGUAUGUUAAACGAUUUUGUUUUACCAGCUGAGAAAAGAAGAAAUUACAAGAAUGUGGUUCAUGGUCUCUAUACAGUCGUUAAUAACGAAGGAUUUUUGGGACUUUAUAAAGGAGGUACUAUGACAAUGCUUAGAGCGUGUGUUAUUACCAUGUCUGUUUUUACUUCUUAUGAUACCUUUAAAGUACUGUUAUUACAUCGUUUUCGACUUAUGGAUGAUAUGUCAACUCAUUUUAUUACCAGCGUGCUUGCAACUACGACAGCAAUUAUGGUGUCACAACCGGUGGAUGUAAUAAGGACGAGAGUUAUGGCAAAUGUGGGUCAACCAUUUUUACAAAUUCUAAAAGAUAUUUAUGUGCAAAAUGGAAUAUUGGGUUUUUGGAAAGGUUUUCUACCGACAUAUGCAAGAGUUGGUCCUAUGAAUAUAACAAUGUAUGUGUUAUUUGAAUUUUUCCGUUUGAAUUUUGGGUACUAUGUGGAAAAAAAAGAAAAGUGA